AUGGCCUUCAGAGAUCUGUGCAUGUCAACCACCAGUGUGAACUCCCUGCGAAUUCACACUGGGGAGGGACUGUUCACGUGCUGUGAUUGCGGGAGAGGACUUACUCAGUUAGCCAGCCUGCAGAGACACCAGUGCGUUCACACUGACGAGAGACCUUUCAAAUGUUCGGACUGCGGGAAGUGCUUUAAAGUUUCCCAAGAACUGAAGCGACACCAACGAGCUCACACUGAUGAGAGACCGUGUAGAUGCUCUCGCUGUGGGACAGGAUACAAACAAUCAUCUGAUCUCACUGUACACCAGCGUGUUCACACUAGAGAGAAGCCGUUCACCUGCAUGUUGUCUGGGGAGGGAUUCACUUGUCUCUCCAGCUUGCUCAGACACGGGAGAGCUCAUACUGGGGAGAGACAUUUUCAAUGUCCAGAUUGUGAAAAGUGCUUUAAAAAUUCCUGUGAGCUCAUUGGCCACCAGUGUGUUCACACUGAUGAGAGACCAUUCAGGUGCUGUGAAUUUGGGAAUGGGUUCAGAAGAUCAUCUGAUCUCACUGUGCACCAGUGCAUUCACACUGGGGAGAGACCUGCUCCAAACGAAGGUUCAACAGCUCCUCCAAUGAACAGAAUAUGCAAUUACAGUGUAACAAGUUUACGAGAGGAAAUCAGACAGGGAAUAUUUGCAGUCAGGAAACUCAAACUGUAUGUCAUUUUGGAUUCUGACAGAGAUACUCAGUCCUCACAAUCUGAACGUCAUCCCGCUUUGAUCACAAAAGCAAAAAUCAGCAAUCAGACUGAGAAACCACGGAAACAUGGAGAAUGUGGGAAGGAAUUCAAAAAUCCUUCCCAGCUGGAAGUUCAUCAGUGCAGUUACACUGGGGAGAGGCCGUAUACCUGCCCUGAGUGUGGAAAGGGAUUCACUAGGUCAUCCCACCUGCUGACAAACCAGCAAGUUCACAAUGGGAAGAGACCAUUCAUCUGUUCUGUGUAA